CUGACAGAGUAAUGCUUUCAUUAUACUUUUUAUUUGUUUUUUUAGAUGUUUUAACACCAGCGUUAUAUAUUUUGACCUAGCAUGUCUAGACUUGGUUGUUUUGUGUUCGUAUAUUCGGUAAUUCUGCUAAUAUUAUUCGGAGUAUUCUGUUAUUUGAUGUCCACUGUCAAUCCGCCUGCACAGAUACAGGAUCCAGGUUCGAGAAAAUAUGGAACGGACCACUUCGUGUAUUCCGACGAAGUGUUUGGAGAUGACGUCGCGGCGUAUGGGUUAGAAAAGGCCAUAGAUUAUUAUAAUUCCUUCGAUAUAUUUCCUAGAAGCUCCGUCAAAAAUCCAUUGUAUAGAGGAAUAAGCACGCCAAAAAUAUACAUGGACCAAACAUCCAAGAGCAAUCACACCAAAAAGAUAUUCCAACUAGUAACUAAAUCAAUAAAACACAGUAAAGGACUGAGACGAUCUAUUUAUGAAGAAAAUUUACAAGACGACGCCCUCCUUAAACUAAUACAUUUAAAAAUUAAAAACGUCAAUGGUCAUCCAGCGAUUGAAAUAAAGGUCGUACCAGAAACGGGUAAAAAUAAAGAAUCAAGAAAAACCAGGAGAACAAAUAAUAACAGAAACGAGGAAACAGACUACGAAGGUGUUGAUAGAGAUGAGGCAGGAUAUGUGAACAACUACUCCGACGAAGUGUUCAUUGAGCUAGUACAAAACGAUACGAUAGUCUUAAACUUCGACGAUAACAAAAUCAACGUGUCCAACACUAAUAACAUCAAAGACGAGGAUCUGCUGUUGAAGUCGAUCACGAAUGCUGAAGUUUCAGAUAAAGGCACCGAGAUUAAUACGAAACUGUACACACUGAAUUUACUCAGCACCGGUCAGCUUGAUGAACACCGAGUGACGAAUAGGACUGAUCAUACGAAAAAAGUUGAACGCACUACAGCCAGUUACAGAUCGACACGGAGCGGGAGCAAUGGAACUAGAUUAAUGACGUUCUUGUUUAACUCCAUUUACAAGAAAAAUAAUAAAACUGAACCGCCUUGUAACACUAGUAAUAUGACUACGAUAGAAGACUCAUCGGAAGACGAAGACACUAUCACGCACAACCCAGUGGACACACUGGCUGGACUCUUGAUACAAGAGGCCACAGCAACGAAUUCGUAUAAUAUCAUUUAAUAAAACUACCAUUGUCGUUGUUUAUCUUAUCAUUAAUAUUGCA